CUCCUUCCCUACUCCUCUUUGUGGUUUCUUUGUAUAAUGGUGAACCUCUUAAGGCAAGCAUGUUUCUAUUAAAAGUAGGGGACAAGUUGAAGAUUCCAGGUUUUAAAAAGGUAAUUCCUGGAUUAUGUUGUAAUAGAUUCCAGUUGAGAGAUGAGUUUGAGUCAAAUCAUUGGUACAUGGCCCAACUUGAAUCCUGCAUCCAAUCCAAAUCUCUUUCUCAAGGGAAGAUUAUACAUCAACAUAUCAUUAAGAACAAUUCUAAUAUCAAAGAUUUCUCCAUUAUCCUUGACAAGCUUACUCAUCUCUAUGUUAAAUGUAAUGAAGUCCAACUUGCCCGCCAAGUGUUUGAGAAAAUUCCAAACCCAAGUGUUGUUUGUUGGAACAUGAUGAUCAGAGCUUAUGCCUGGAAUGGACCCUUUCAACAAGGCAUAGAUUUGUACUAUAAGAUGCUGCAACUUGGGGUGACACCCAACAAAUUCACUUUCCCUUUUAUUCUCAAAGCUUGUUCGGCUCUGCAAGAUAUACAAGUUGGGCAAGAAAUCCACAAGCAUGCCGAGCAACUUGGUCUCGAAAUGGACGUUUAUGUUUGCACAGCCUUGGUUGACAUGUAUGCCAAAUGUGGAGAUUUGUUUCAAGCACAAACCUUAUUUAAUUGUAUGUCCAGCAGGGAUAUUGUGGCAUGGAAUGCCAUCAUUGCUGGGUUUUCACUGCAUACACUUCACAAUGAAACUAUGGAGUUACUUGUACAAAUGCAACAAGCAGGAAUAGUUCCCAAUUCUUCAACUAUUGUAGCAGUUUUACCCACAGUUGGACAAGCUAAUGCAUUAAGCCAGGGGAAGGCAAUCCAUGGUUACUCUUUAAGGAAAAUGUUCAGUGACAGUGUUGUUGUUGGAACUGGUCUUUUGGAUAUGUAUGCUAAAUGCCAUCAUUUGUCUUAUGCCCGGAAGAUUUUUGAUCGGAUGAAGCAAAAGAAUGAGAUAUGUUGGAGUGCUAUGAUUGGAGGAUAUGUUGCUUGUGAUUUCAUGACAAAUGCAUUGGCCCUUUUUGAUGAGAUGGUACAUGUUUAUGAGUUAAACCCUACACCAGUUACUCUUGCAAGCAUACUUCGAGCUUGUGCUAAGCUUACUGAUUUGAACAAAGGGCAAAGCUUACAUUGUUACAUGAUUAAAUCAGGGAUGGACUUAGAUACAACGGUAGGAAACUCACUCAUAUCAAUGUAUGCUAAGUGUGGGAUGAUGGAGGACGCAGUCGGAUUUCUUGAGGAAAUGACCUCAAAGGAUACAGUUUCAUAUAGUGGUAUCAUGUCAGGAUGUGUGCAAAAUGGCCAUGCUGAGAAGGCUUUACUUAUUUUUCGCCAGAUGCAGUUGUCUGGGUUUGAACCAGAUUUGGCAACCAUGAUGGCCCUUCUACCAGCUUGUUCACAUUUGGCUGCUCUACAACAUGGGGCCUGUUGCCAUGGAUACUCAGUCAUUCGGGGCUUCACGUCAGAGUCGUCCAUCUGUAAUGCCAUUAUUGACAUGUACUCAAAGUGUGGAAAGAUACAAAAAAGUUAUAGCAUGCAAACUUCAGUUCCCACACUGUAG